GCUCAGGUGUGGCUGCAUAUAAAAAGCAGCAGCAGGUGACAACGGUGUGUGUGGACCUGCUCUCCAGCACACAGUGAUCUGAAAAUGUCUGGACGCAGAGGAGGACACUGUCAUGGAGGGGGCCAUAAACAUGGGCAUGGUCACGAGCAUGGACACGGACAUAAACAUGGUUGCCAUGGUGGCAGACAUGGACAUGGACCUCAAGGGAAAAAGUGCAGGCACAAGCACAAGCGUGGCCACAAGCACGGCAAGUGCCACAAGAAGGGGAAGGACAGUCACGGGUCGUCCAGCAGCUCCUGCUCCAGCUCCAGCUCCAGCAGCAGCAGCGACUCCGACUAGAUGAAGGAUGCUGGAUGGGAAAAGAAACAAGACAAGUUCCAACAUGUAAACUUCUGAUGAGACGCAUAUCUGACGUUAAACUGAAAAGCAUUCUUUUCUCAUAAUAAACUGAUUGCAUGGCUGUGUGCCAUAUACUUAGGUAAUAAAGUUUAUAGUGAAAACAGAGAUGAAUUUUUCUCUUGGGAAAUGUCACUGUAUGUCAGCCAACAUGUUGACUUGGUGGGUUGUGAUAGCUUUUCAUAGUUUUUGUUUAUGUCACAGCAUAUGUAUUAUGUGAUGUCAUUUUGUCAAGUCAACUCAGUUUUAUUUACAUAGCUCAAUUACAAAUUUGCCUCACCAUCCAUCCAGCUGGAUAUGUGAGGGAGGUAUCAGGUGUGAUAGUUGUGUGAGAAAGAGACACACUGUAUACCUUAAUGAAAUAUGUAAACUUAGAAAUAAAAUUAGACCAAAUCAUU